GUUAGCGCACGUGCUGUUGCGCAGUCGUAUCGCGCGUGGACAUUCCGCUCCGUGCUCAGGUGCGCGCGUUACCGCGUUGAACGCAGCCCGCCGGAUAAACGGGAGCGGGGUGGCACCGGUAACACUGCUGGCAGCCAGUGAGCGCAAGAUUUGUAGUCUCUGUCACAAGAGCAGCCGUGCUAUUGGUUUCUAUAGGGGAAGGCUGCCGAGAGAGAGAGUCAGUGAGGCGACAAACUGGGGAUGGUCCCGGGCUGAGUCCUCCACAAUGAGCCGGGCUCAGAGCCGCCUGCUCCUCCACACUUGACGCAAGCCCGUCUGAACUUAACACGGCUCCACGACGUCUCUUGAAGGACGAAUGACACCGGCUCACCUCAUGGUUUCAUCCCGCUGAAAGAAAGAAAGAAAGAAAAGAAGGAGGCAACAACACUUUCCUUAUGGCGUCUCCACAACAGUCCAGAAUUCAGUCGUAUCUGGAAAGGAACAAAAUCGGACCCCUGUUUGAGGAGUUGAUGACCAAAUUGAUAACUGAGACUCCAGACCAUCCAAUCCCUUUUCUCAUUGAUCACCUGCAGACCAAGCAAGACAGCCCUGGCAAGCUGCACAGAGCUCUCUCUGGCUCCGCAGCACUGUGGGCGCAGAGCUCCCCAGAAAGCAAAAACCCUCGAAGGGAGUACAGCAACUAUGAGAAGCCAUGGCAAAUUCACCCAAAGAAACCGAAAAAAUCCAAGAGCGACCUGGCUGUUUCCAGCAUCUCUCCUCCCUCACCAGAAUCCAAGUCUUUGCCGCGGUCAAUUGAGUACCCGUCCUGGGACUGGAGGGAGAGCCGGGACUUUGACGAACUCAACCACAUUCUGCAGGAGAGCAAGAAGCUGGGAAAGGCCCUGGAGAGUCUGUCACGCAGCAUCGCCAUCUCAGAUGAGCUUGACCAGAACUUGGGAGGCUAUAACUCAGUCCUGCGUCCUCGGGUGGUCGGGGAAUGGGUUGGUCGAGAAGAGGAGGAUGCAGAUCCGUUGGCAGCUGAAAUGCUGCAUCCCCCAGUUCCUCGAGCUAAAACUGAAGUGUGCUGGAGUGGAGAGAGCAGCCCUGCUGGGAGCUUGAAGAUGGAAACAAAGAGCAAAGGACUAAGGGAGCAGCAGCAGCAUCACAAGAAGCUCCUGGCAGCCAUGUUGUCCCAGGACUCCUUUGAUUCGGUCCAUAGCCCCGCUCCCUCCGUGGCAGAGGAAGAGAUGGAGGAUGAGGAUGAUGCCAUGGAGCUUCUGGAGGACCUGGAUGACCUGCGGAUGGAGGGUGUGACGGGCUUGGCUCCAUCCGGCAGUAAGUUCAGCCAGGGACGCAGCUCCUAUCAGCCUGAACCACAGGCCAAAGUUACACUCAACAUCUGCUCUAGGUGUGCCAGGUUGCAGGGGGACAGCCUAUCAGACACCAGAUCUGAAGAAGAGCACAGGCCUCACAUAUCUGAACAAGCUGUACCUGACAUCUCAUCUCCAUUGCCCGGGGUGGACACAGUGGCGGGACGGUUGCAGGAAUGCGAGGCCUUGUCUCAAGUGUCAGCCUCUCGUCAGGCUGUCUGGGAGGCUGAUCUGAAGGCUGUGAGAGGUGGGAGCUCUGUCGGGCAGACGGGCCUGCUACUGGGCGACUCCCUCUUUUCUAAAGAGCUGGAGAACAUGGGCAAACAGCUUGCUGAAGUUGAAAAGGAUCUGGCCAAGCUGGCAGAAGUAGGGAAAAUGACCACUCGGAGCUCCAAUAAUCCGCACAGUAGUCUGCUCCACACCCCUCUGCGUCACAGAACACUACCUGACACACUUCCUCUCACCAGCCUGGUCUCUAGACCCCAGUCUCCAGCUGGCAGCCUCUCAGGCAAGCCCUGUGGUGUGGGCCUUCCCUUGCUCAGCCCCAAGCCCACCUCGCUGGUCAUGGGUCGGACUCAAUCUCCCAGCAACUCUGGGAGCAGGACUCAUACCCCCAGAACACCCAGCCGGCCCCUGACCCCAAAUAGUUUACUGACACGCUCCACCUUUAACCCUGGAGCUCAUAAAGAAGUGACCUUCAGGAGGUCACGGAGCCGUCCUGUGACACCCACAAGUCAGCCCAUACAUCCCCGACCACUGCUCACCCCUCCUGGACUAAGCACUACAGACAGCCUUGGUGCCAGCCUACGGGCCUAUCUGUCUGAGGAUGAGUUUUACCAGCAGUUACAGGCCAUCAGACAGCCUUGGCAUAUUCCCAGUGAUACAGACAGUGACAUCCUGGAGCCUCCUGAGCAGGAUAAGAGUGGUGCACGAGAUGCCAAUAAGAGAUCUGUGUUUUCAGGCCUAUAGUGACGAAGACCAGAGACGUUGAUCCAAUCAAACUAUUAUGCAAACCACUGGACAUUUUGAAUAUGUGUACAGACACAAUUAUUUUUAUAAUUCAAAUGAAUGAAAAAAAAAAAAGAUUGUAUACUUUUUUCACAGAUGUUUCAUAGACAUUGUACUGUAAGUGUAUGAUAAAAUGUGAAAACAUUAAGAGUAUGGAAUAUAAUGUUUAUUUUUGUUUGCUCUAUAGCAUGCUAUUGAACUUCCAUGUUGAGUCCAGAAACAGAUGCAUUUUGUUGUCGAUGGACUCUUUUUUUUUUUUUCUAGGCCUAGUGCAUAUUCACAUUGUGAGGGCAGCACACCCAUGUUAAGAAAACAUUUAUUGAUAUGCACUGUUAAAAGAUGUAGAGUUUCUCAAAUAGUAAAUACGCAAGUUGUGGAGGGAAUACAAGGAAUGCUGUUAUAUUAAUUAAAAGGAUUUGGUGCACACGUCCCCAUUCUGUGUUUGACCCUAAUGUAUCUCACAUUGUUAUGCAAACACUAAAAGAGCCACUCCCCGUCUCAUUAAAACGCACACUGAAGUCGUUCUUUAAAUGACUAAAACAGCCAUAACAGUUUUUGUUUAAUCUAGUCUUUCCCAGAGAGUUGAUCCAUCGAACUGUGUCUCACAUCUACUGUGGUGCUGACAGAGACACUGAAAUCUGCUCUGACCAUGACUACAUUGCUUGUGUCGUGUGUGUUUGCUUGGGCACGUGUUGGUUAAACUGUGGUUGUCUGAGUGUUACACAGGCGACGUCAGCUCUAGAGAGACACACAUACACCGCGGACACACCCUCCAGCCUGACAGAGUCCGAUUCCUCCAUUUCGAACCCUACUGAGUUUUGUGGUAUGGUAAACCCUGCAAUACCAACUUUUCAGUCUGUCUCCUGGGAUGUGGUGAACAAAACUACUCAACUUUCCAGUCUCAUGUGACUGAGGGUGAGUCCUGUAAAAAGGAUGUGUGAGAAGACUAAUCACUGAAAGCCCCAUCCUGUAAAACAUGGUAUGUAGAUUCAUGUCGAAUGUAUUUCAGCACGUCAUGUGCUCAUUGGAAAGGGAUGUGGUUUUGAAAGAUCUGUGGAAGAAUUUGAGGACAUGGCAUAAUCGAGUCACAGUGGUGCCUUGAUAUAAUCUUUAUAUCGCUAUAAACAAUAUUUUUCUGUCAGAAGAGGGAAAUUACAAUUUUCACAUUUCAUAUUCCAUUUUCGCUUUGUUGGAUUUGGGAGCGUGAUUGCCAUCUGGUCUUGUUCCGCAGAUCACCAGCACGCUAACUCCGUUUAUACUAUCAAUAUUUUCUCUGAGUUCACAUGUCUCCUCCAGUCAUUCAUUUCUUAUGUCAGCAAAAUAUCAAGGCAUGAGGAGUUCUGGAAUAAGACAGUUUGGGAGAUGAAGACUUAAAUUACUGCCACAGAUGUCACACAAAGACAGCGCUCUGAUGCUUUCCCUCCCUCUGUGUAUCUGAGAAUGUCUCAGUAUGUCACAUCUUAUAAAGAUGAAAUGGUGGAGCCAUUACUGAUGCCUCCUCUUGCCACAACUUGUAUACUAUCAUAUUUCAGAUCAUAGCUAUCUGAUUAUUCCAAAGAUGAUUGUGAUUGUUUAUUUCAUUAGGCUCACUCAGUUAGAUCAAACUGGAUCUUUAUCAAUCAUGUCAUGUUCAUGAGAAUCCAGGAGCUCAAGUUUCAUAAUGUUAAUGCCAUCUCUCUGUAGUUAUGAAACCUCCAAUAUCUUCUUAAAGUCUGUUCAGUACUGUGCAGGCUUUAUACACCAACCCCAUUCAAAGUAACUGCAGGGGCCACCCAGGAAUAGCGGCAGACAUCACUGUACUUACUGGGAGAUCUGGACCACCAUCAAUGGUCAGCAGACUGACCCAGGUCUUAAUUUACAACUGAACAGACUGGGAUUUUUCCUGAUGUACAGCACAAAUAACUCUAUGGUGGAAGAGAAAUAUGCUUUGAAGGCAUAUAAAGUCAGCAUCAUUCACUGCUUGAAAACCUGUGCAGACAUUUUUUUGGUUCAUACAUUUCCCUUGUUAUAAUAUUAAAAGCCUGCAAUCUGAAUAAAUUAUCUCUUCAAGCUACACUACCACUGCACUAUGUCUGAUUAUGUUGGAGCUCUAUAUUAAAGCCUUUUUGUGAGAACUUUUCUGCAUGACCAAAUGGUGAGGUUUGUGUGGCUGUUUUCAUGGCAAUUUAGAACAUAAUCAACAAUCUGGACUUUGUUUUCUGUGUUCAUUGAAGUGAACUGCCUGUUCUCACAGAGCUAAUGAAUUCAGCCUCCACUGUUAUUUAGCUGUUAACUUCUUCAAGUCUGUCAGCGACAUCAAAGUUAUUGUGUUGCUCUGUGCUGCUAUUUGAAGCCAAACUGCAGAAGUCUUGCUCAACUAAAGCAGCUCACUUUGUUUAAGAAAAUUUGUUGUAAUAAACAUUCAUAGAUGCAGUAAAACGCUUUCAGUCCGACCUGUGUCAUAUCCUGUUGUCAGCGCAGACUUGUUCAUGUUCACAGCCAGUAUUGAAUUACCACUUAGGCAUGCAUUUUGUUAACCGCAUAGCAUUUGGGGAGCUGAUGAUUAAAAAAGAAACAUAAAAGAAUAGCUCUCUAUAUAUUUUAUCAGCGAAGUUGGGUGACAGUGAGGAAGUGUGACACUAUCAAAGCUUCUUGGGAUUGCUGUUGUUGAUUGCUCACAAAAUAAUUCCAAAAUUCCCAAUCACUACAUCGUCAAAUUGUGCCAAAAUGUGUGUAUUAGAACAAGCUGUUAAAAAAAUUGUGACUGUUCAAAUAAUAUUUCUGACUAUCUAAAGCAUGGUUACAGGUGUUUUUUUAUUUUACAAUGUACUGCAAAAAGUCUUUCUGGGUCCCAGGUGCAGCAGCCACUGCACCACAAUCACAGCACAGCCCAGCACUGUAGCAAAGUGGGCAGAAUUGUGUAUUUAUGUA